AUGCGUCGCUUAGGAGAGAUGAAAGACAUCGCAAUCGAGCAACCUGAUGACUCCGGGCCACCACCUCUAGAGCCACCGAUAACCCGUAUCUACUGCGACCGCGAUAUGCGCUGGAAAUUAGUGCCUGAUUAUCCACCAAGAAUGGACGGAAGACCAAAUACAAGCAGAUGGAAAGAUGAGACUCCCAUGUUCACCUACACGAGUCAGUACACCUACGGGAAUCAGUACUAUAAAGAGUACCUGUUCAUGGAGACGGAAGAACCGAAGUGUAGACAUGUAUACCCGGAGGAGUCAAGUGAAAUGCGCGCUAUCACAUACAGGAGUCGGGAUCAGAGGCAUUACACCAUCACUAUCUGCGACAGGCUCUCUAACCUCCCUAAAUCGACUUUACUCGAUUUUUACGAUGGAGAGUAUUUAGAUCAUGCGCUUUCAAAUCCUUCAAGCCUAGGACCAAAUACUAUUAUGAGUCUAACAAUACUCUAUCAACUUCUACUUACGUCGGGGUUCUAUAUGUUUCGAGAUUCCCAAGACCUUACAUGGUCCCAAUGUGUACAGUUGGAAACAACCUUUGCAUUAAGAAAUGUACAAAACUAUGGCAUUAACGAAGGAUAUAUAGUAUACCUUGCCAUGCUUGUGAUGACAAGAGAAUUCGGGAUAAUGCUUGAUGAUCGGGGCAAUGAUGGAUAUGUUCGACACGGUGUUCUUAUUAAAACCCAAGAAAAUCCUGUACAAGGGGAAUCUUGGGAUGCAGAGCCCCCGCCAUAUGAAGAAGAAUGA